AUGAGCAUCUUCUCGCUGAUAACUGGACGACGGGGGCCGAGUGGGUUCGGAUCAGCCUCGACUGCCGAGGAUGUAACUCAGGACGUCGACGCGUCCCACCUCACAGUCAUCGUCACUGGUCUGAUCUCACUCUCUCUCUCUCUCUCUCUCUCUCUCUAGGCAUGACCUCGGGCACUCUCUUCUUGAUUUUCUGAUUUUUGAGAUGAAGAUCUUCAUCAGCCGCACGUGCUCCUCGCCAUGAUCACCUUCUUGAGGACCUGAUUCAACCUUAGAUCUGCUUGUUCUUGGCUCUCUACUGAUCUUGCUCGAUCGGUUAAAAAAAACCAACCCCAGAUCCACCCAACCGACCAGUAUCAGACCCACCCCCUCGUUGGAUCAGCUAGGGUUUGGCGGCACGCAUCUGUAUCCCCACGGCAAGAUGUCGUAACCUUAACCCUAAUCUCAACAGGUGGUGCAAGCGGGAUCGGCGAGGAGACAGCGAGGGUCCUUGCCCUCCGAGGGGCUCACGUCGUCAUCGCCGCGAGGAACACGGAGGCCGCGCAGGCGACCAAGUCCCGGAUCUUGGGAACCAGACCUUCGGCAAGAGUGGAGGUCCUCAAGCUGGAUCUCUGCUCCAUGCGAUCCAUCAGGGCGUUCGCAGAAGCCUUCCUCGCCAUGGGCCUCCCUCUCAACAUCCUAAUGUGUCCACUCCGCCGUCAAACUAACGGAGAUAUCUCUCGGCAUUUCUUGAGUUAUAAUCCUGAAUCUUCUGUUCUUUGCGGAUCUGCAGAAACAACGCCGGGGUGAUGUUCUGCCCCUUCCAGCUCUCCGAGGACGGAUUUGAGACCCAGUUCGCCACCAACCACCUUGGUUAGACCUGCGAGUGUUCCCUUUUUUCUAUGUCAUCUAAUGUACCCAUUAAUAGACCACUGUUCUUCAGCUAAUUUUCUAUAUAUAUCGUAUGCGUGAGUAUUGUAUUCAUGGUAGGGCAUUUCCUGCUGACAAACCUCCUUCUGGAGAAGAUGAAGGCCACAGCGAAAGAGACAGGGAUCGAGGGGAGGAUCGUUAAUCUGUCCUCCAUAGCUCACCUCAAUACGUACCCAGGAGGGAUACUCUUCGAGGAAAUCAACGAGAGAUCCAGGUAAGAGCCUACUGCAGAUCCAAAUCAGACGGGGGGCUGCGGAUUUUGAGAAGUCGUCGGGCUUUGACCUUCUGAUUGACGGUGGUCGGCCAGAUAUUCUGAUAAAAAGGCGUAUGGGCAGUCGAAGUUGGCGAAUAUCCUCCACGCCAGCGAGUUGUCUCGUCGCUUGCAGGUUCUUCUCUCCGUUUGUUCUAUUUCUCUGGAAUUUGGAAGGGUCGAUGGCUGAGGUGACCCCAAAGCCCGGGAGAGAGAUCUCGGCCCGGGCUGUCACCAGACCCCAGAGAGAUCCGGCCCGAAAGCCCGUUAUACCUUGCCAUCCGGCAGGUCCCCCGGGCUAGUCACAUUUCACGAGGGUUCACGGGGAUUAUCGUCGACUCCAUCUAGUAAUCAAUAGAAUUAACUCUUCAAAGUUGGGCAGGAGGAAGGUGCGAACAUCACGGUGAACUCGGUUCAUCCCGGGCUGAUCAUGACGAACCUGAUGAGGCAUUCGGUGGUUCUGAUGAGUACGUUCCACUGAUCCUACGUUAAGCUCUCUUCGAGGUGCAUCUCUCGUCGUCCUCGGACAACCAAAAACCUUAUUUUUUGUGAUUAAUUUACAGGAGCUAUUCAAGCAGUAACGUACCUGAUGUGGAAGAAUGUGCCGCAGGUAGCCCGCAACCCCGCAACCCUGCAACCUGCAUAUCGGUUCCGAUGCCCGCCAUUAGAUCUUAAUGACAUAAACCUAGAAUAAAACACCCAAGAUCCAUAAAAUCUGUGAUAUUUUGAGAUUAGGCUCCCCUUGAGCGUCUUUUCGCGGGCUUCUCUCUCUCUCUCUCUCUCUCUCUCUCUCUCUCUCUCUCUCUCAUAUGAAGAAGAUGAUCAUGGGGUAGACACGAUUCGUGAGAAGGGCCUGACCCAAAAUCCAUUUCCGAGGUUUUCUCUGGCAGGGCUAAAACUGAGCCUGGCCAGUCGACUUCAUGUAUUAAUAUACUUUUUCACCAUGAGAACUGCUUUAUUUUUCUUUCAAAUGUGUUGUUCUCUAGGAUUAGAUACGAAGAUUAGCUAUUAUUUUGCUUUUAUUUGCUACUCGAUCAAGUAACUAUACCUCAAAAUUCUGAAAAAAAAUGAUGACACCUACCAAUGCUAGCCGAAAAUUUCUACCUACAUGGGAACGGUGACGAAGGUAAUAAGCGUGCUGAAAUCAUGCAGGGAGCCGCCACCACCUGCUACGUCGCCCUCCACCCGGCUCUGAAGGGGGUGACCGGGAAGUACUUCCUCGACUGCAACGAGACAAAGCCGAGUGCACUCGCCAGAGACGAAACAAUGGCCAGGAAGCUGUGGGAGUUCAGCGAGAAGCUGGUCCAAUCUGCUCCAUGA